CUGAUCUGAAAGAAGAAAAAAAGGAGCAUGGUUUUCACAAAACACACAGUCACACACGCACUACGUGCAUAUAUAUAUAUAUAUCUGUUUUGGAAAAUGUUGUUACGGGCCUUGGAAAACUAUCAAUGAGUUUGUAUGAAGAAUUAAUAUUUGCACCAUUUAUAAAAAAAGUGCAUUGCCUACGUGAUUAUAAAUCUGUUCGGGUUCAGUUCUUUUGAGCAUUGCUUAGGCUUCGAGGGACUUCUGUACUUUCAUACAUUGCGGAACUGAACGAAUCCCGUUUGGAAUGCUGAUGAUAAGCAUUGAAUUUAGUCUGGAAGAUGUGAAAUCAGGAAAUGAAGUUGUCAAUACAAUGUGUAACAGGGUCUCUCUGGUGUUGUUUACACGUAUGUUUUAUGCAAGAAGCUAUUCUUGUAGAUGUAGUAAUAGAAGUAAAUUUUGACCCAAUUUUGGUGGUUCUUGUGUUCAUGAUCCCUUCCUAUGGCAUACUACAUCUGUUCGCCUCUUUAUUACUGCAUCAAACGUUCUACUUUUAUUGAGUUUCCUCUACUUGUGUGCAUCAUCUUUUAUAAGUUGUGGGCACGGUUGGUGUUUCUUUUCUAGAGAAGUUGCAGAUAUGGGUCGUGGAGUCAGCAGUGGUGGUGGACAGAGUUCAUUGGGCUAUUUGUUUGGAAGUGGAGAGGCUCCAAAACCAGUCACAAAUAAUGCCCAAGCUGCUCCAAAUGAAGGGCAGGCUGCAAACAAUGUGCAGGCUGCAAACAAUGUGCCUCCCCCCAAGCCAAGUGUUGCUUCUCCACCAGUUGAUGUAAGCAAGCAGAUUCCUGCAGGCAUCCUUAGUAGCACUACAAACAACUAUCUCAGGGCAGAUGGUCAGAAUACUGGCAAUUUUAUUACGGACCGGCCCUCAACUAAAGUCCAUGCUGCUCCUGGUGGUGGAUCAUCUCUGAACUACCUCUUUGGUGGUGCCGGUGGUGGUGGCAACUGA